AUGGCCUCACCAAUCUCAGCAUCACACUGUCCCACACCAGCAAUGGAAAUUCCAGAUGUUGAUGACUUGACUGAACUUUAUAUGCCAGAUAUUGAGUUGCCUUACAUUGGAGAUCCUUUCACUUGGGUUAAGAACAGACAUAAGGCAGACACAAUUAAGGAGAGAUUAGAUUGGUGUUUUGUCAAUGAUAAUUGGCUAACAAGUUUCGAGCAAAUUACAACUUCCCAUUUGGAUUUCUACAGGUCUGACCAUCGUGCUAUAUCAGUUAUGGUUCAACAAAUAAACCAACAACCUGAUCAUGUACUAAGGAAAACACAAUUCAGAUUUGAAAAGAUGUGCCUUAAUGAUGAUGAAGCUGCUGCUAUCAUUCAACAGAAUUGGAGCGCACAAUGUGCAACAACAAGUAUUGAUCUUUUUCUUGAUAACAUGCAAGAUUGUACAACUUCCUUACAACAUUGGCAUGCUCACAAGUUUGGGAACAUGAAGCAACAGAUUUCCAAAGUUCCUGAAGAUAUUGCUGCACUCAAUAAUUCUGCCACCAGGACACAACAAACAAUGACAGGUUUAAGAAAAUCAAAGUCAAUUUUGGAUGAUUUACUUGCACAAGAAGAGAUCUAUUGGCAACAAAGAUCAAGGAUAGAUUGGAUGCAAAGUGGAGAUUAA